AUGGCUGGGAACCUGAGCGGAGAGGUGGCCCCGGAGGCGGCCUCGGGGGGUUACAACGUGCCGGCCCUGGUGGUUGGGGUGCUGCUGAUCGUGGUGAUCAUCGGCGGGAACCUGCUGGUGUGUCUCAGCGUGAUGACGGAGAAGGCGCUGAAGACCACCACAAACUACUUCAUCGUGAGUCUCGCGGUGUCGGAUCUGAUGCUCGCGGUGCUCGUGCUGCCACUCUUUGUGUAUUCCGAGUUCCAGGACGGCGUGUGGACCCUCAGCACCUCGGUCUGUGACUACCUGAUGACGAUGGACGUGAUGCUGUGCACCGCCUCCAUCUUCAACCUCUGCGCCAUCAGUGUCGACAGGUUCAUCGCUGUAGUCAUCCCUCUGAACUACAACAGGAAGCACGUGGACAUGCGUCAGACGGUGCUGCUGUCGGCCACCUGGGUCGUGGCGCUGGCCGUGGCGUCGCCCGUCGUGUUCGGCAUCAACAACGUGCCGGGCCGCGACCCCACCGAGUGCAAACUGGAGAACGACGACUACGUGCUGUACUCGUCCGUGUGCUCCUUCUUCAUCCCGUGUCCCAUCAUGCUGCUGCUGUACUGCGGCAUGUUUCGAGGCCUGAGGCGAUGGGAAGAAGCUCGGAGAGCCAAGCUGAAGAACAGUAUUCUGGACUGCCGGAAGCUUCAAGAAACGGCCGCUGCGCUGCCGGCGCUCGCCGCUCUGCCGCCAUUACUGCCGCCCGUCAUCAGAGAGAGGGAGCUGACGGAGAGUCCGGAGCAGCAGUCUACCUUCAAGUCCUCCAAAAAGUCCUCGGAGUUAAAGGGCGGCCCCGUGCCCACCGUCAGCUUCUCAGAGAUCAAGUACAACCAGGAACCUCGCCGGAGAAAAACGGCUAAGAUCAACAACCGGGAGAGGAAGGCCAUGAAGGUGCUUCCUGUCGUUGUAGGUGCCUUCCUGUUCUGCUGGACUCCGUUCUUCGUGCUUCACACGGUGAGAGCUCGAUGUCAGGACUGCUACGUUCCUCCGGCUCUGAUGAGCGUGGUGACGUGGCUCGGAUACUUCAACAGCGCCCUGAACCCCGUCAUCUACACCGUGUUCAACACAGAGUUCAGGAAGUUCUUCAAGCGGUUCCUGCACAGCUGCUUCUCCAAGAACGCCUCAUGAACACUCGAGAUGCUGCAGGAAGAGACGCCUUUUUUUAUUCCAACGAGACACUACGGAUGUUCUUUUAGGGUCUGUCCAUUGUUUCAGUGAUUUUUCUACAUAAGAAAGGUUUGUUUGAGCUUCCUGUGAAGAGGCUAAAGAACAAACUACCUCAAACCAACAAGAACGGAUUUUAUAUGUCAGAUCUUUUUAGAAUAAAGGUUUUUAUAAAAAAAGACUCCAGAGAGAUGCAUUCACUUGUGUUGAAAACUAUGGGACAUAUUUGAUCCUACAGACUAAUAGAAAUGAAUUGUGUGAAAACUAUAUGACUCUUUUUUCCUGUUAUUACAUUUUGUGUAAAUGUCCUCUUCUCCCUCCUCCUCAUCGAAUCCAGAUCUUCAUCAUCUUCCUCUUGCCAUCUCCUCAUCAAAUCCAAAUCUUCUUCAUCCCUUCUCCUCAUCAAAUCCAGAUCUUCAUCACCACCACCAGUGUCUAGACCCCAAAAGGGGGCUUCCUAAUAUACUCACGGCUGCACUUCCCCCUUAAGAUAUAUACGAUCGGGGAUCAGGGCCUAAUCGCUCAAGACUAUUAACAUUUCCAUCAUGGCGCAUGCGUAAAUAAAUGUUCUUUAAACUAAAAA